AUGGAACCGAAAAAUGAAUGGAGGGGCGUCGAUUGUAUUAAAAUUAAUGAAAAGAGAAAUGAACGGGCAGCGCUUGCUGAUGAAAGGCUAAAAAGAGAGGAAGAGGAAAGGGAAGAGGUGAAGGAGGAAGAGGAAAGGGAAGAGGUGAAGGAGGAAGAGGAAAGGGAAGAGGUGAAGGAGGAAGAGGAAAGGGAAGAGGUGAAGGAGGAAGAGGAAAGGGAAGAGGUGAAGGAGGAAGAGGAAAGGGAAGAGGUGAAGGAGGAAGUGGAGGAGGAUGAGGAAGAGGAGGAGGAAACGGAGGAGGGAGAAAGCUCUCAGUUGACUUCACUUAAUCGUUUUCUACCGAAAAAAGGAUGA